AUGGUGGUUUCUUCGCGGCGAGAAGCCGCAGCGGCGAUCCUACCACAGAAGACCUUCACGCGAGGACGUCGCAGCCAAAGGUGGGCCUUCAUGUGCACGGACACGGGCGUGCUGGCCUGGGAACAGGGCAUGGUGGCCGCGGAGAGACCGGGGGCGGCGGUCCGCGCCGACGAGGCCUGCCUUCAGUUCGAACACCCUGCCAUGAUGCACGAGCUGGCCAUGAUGGCACCGUUGGGAGGCAAGAUCGCGGUAACUCGCGUCGUGGCUCUCGGCCCGACCGACUUCCUCUGUGGGCUGUCAAGAGGCGGGAUUCUGCGCCUUCGGCCCGGGCUUGAUGCGCCAAUUCUCCUGACGCAGAAGACCACUUCCGUGCUGGGGCGCGGGUUUUCCACCAUCAGGAGGAUGGGGGGAGAAGCCACUGCCGCCGCCGCCACCACGGCAGCUUCAGCUAGCCCCGUCGUCGCUCUGUCGGUGGCUCGACCCCCGGGGGGAAGCCCCGCAGGCAUCCCCUCCCGCGUCGUGCGGCUCACCACGGACACCCUCGAGGUCUGGAGCAUCGGCGUUGGGGGCGGGACGCCGUGUCUCGAGGUGCGUCACCCCCUGGCAAGUCAGAUCCAGAGGGCGCUGGGGGUAAGGCAGGCGUGCCUGCUGGACGUGGCGGUGACGGGGGCUCCGACGACCGUGUCCCCCCCCCCCGCGAGCGGUGGUGAGGCGUCUGCGUCGCCCCCGGUGGUGAGCUGGGGGUUGGAGUUGCUGGUUCUGGCGGCGGCGGGGGCGGCGGCCGGAGGAAGCGGGAGGGAUGGGGACGGGGGAGCCGAGGGCGGCGGCGGUGGCGGCGGCGGCGACGGCGGAGAGUUGUCCGUUCAUGCUGUCAGGGUUUCUUGUGGGGAGGCGUCUUGGGUGGGGAGCUCGGUUUCCGUCCAGGUCAUCUCGUCCCACCACGUCUCCACCACUUCCGCAGCAUCAGCAGCAGCAGCAUCAGGGCGCAGGGGGCGACAACCCGCCUUCCGCGCGGCCGCAUCUAACCCUUCGGCGCCAGCCUCCCUAGGCCCCGGCUGCCGCCGCGCGACUCUCGUGGCCGACAACGAGCAGGCGUUUUCCACCGGGGACGGCACAAGAGUCGGUGGCGGCGGCGGCGGCGGCGGCAUCGGUGCGCACGUGUUCUGGCCCUCAUCGACUUCUCCCGAUGCGUCCGUCCGGGGAGGGGGGACGGCGACCGCGCAGGUGUGGAGUGUGUGCGUCAAGGAUCGGGGCGGAGACGGCGCGAGCGGCGGCGGCGGCGGCGGAGAGGAGGUCAUCGAGUGGGAGGAGCGUGGGUCGGUGACGGUGUCCAGCAGGACGGCUCUCUCGGGCGGCUGCGUCGGCGGAGGUGGGGCCCUGCUCGGCUGCCCCGGCGUGGUGCUGCUGUCCAGCCAGGGGCAGGCCGUGUGGGUGGCUCCCCGGCACACAGAGUCGCCGCCGCCGCCGCCGCCGGCCACGGCUGGUCUGGCAGUGGACCUCGGGCCGCGUCCGGAGGUGGUUGCGGCGAUCCCCGGUAACGACACCAGCGAGGAGUGGAGGAUGGCGUUGGUUGAGGGAGGGCUGAGAGCUUUCGAGGACGGGGAGACCAUGGACCCGGCAAGGUUGGCGGUGGGGUCGCUUUUGGGCCGCGCCGCCCAAGAGACCGGCCGCGGGGCCAUGUCUUCGACGGAAGACCUCGACUCGGCAAUCGUUUGGGGGUGGGAGGGACCCAAACCCGUUGCGGCGAGAGGCAAGGGCCACAUUCAGGCCGGGCUGGAGGUUCUCAACGGCUCCUGGCGCCACCCUUCGGCCUUCGCGUCGCCGCACCAGCUCGUUCACCUUGCUCUCCGGGAGAAGGCACGCAGGCAGCGCGCGCUGGUGCGGGUCCUGCUGGACGCCGGGGCUUGGGGGGCGUCGUCGGUCGGGCGGGCGGCGCUCUCGGAGUGCGGGGAGAAGGUCGCCGCGGCGUCCAGGCUCUGCGAGCUGCAGGACUCGAUCUCGCGCAAGCACGUCGGCGCGAAGGCGGCUGGUCUGCUGGAAGGCUGUGUCAAGCUCUCCUUGCGGAACAGGGAAGCGAGGGCGGGGGCGGCGGGGGCGGCGGCGGCGGCGGCAGUUGCGUCGGAACGGGACCGGUACUUCGAGCACACGCAGGGAGUGUUGGACGCCUUCGUGGAACUCCACACACCCAGGCUGGAUGAGGUCGCCCCGUCUUCUUCCAUCGACGGCGCCUCGCGGACGCCCCUGGCGAAAGCGCUGCUGUUCGACUCUUCCCUGGAGGAGGGGGACAGGCUGCCCUUGCUUGACCACGUCUCGGUUGUCAUCGCCGGCGUCUUCGAAGCCGCUCUCAGGCACCGCGCGUCGGAGCGAAGCGUCUACCGCUCCGGGCUGAGAGGCAAGCUGUGGACAGCGUCUGGCGAAGCCAGGCUCAUUCUGUUCCGGCAGCUUUUGGCUUACAACGGGAGCAUCGACGGAAUCUACCUGCAGGGUCCCGGGGCCGCGGGCCGUGGCGGUGCCGGCGGCUCCGGCGAAGGAACCAGCGGGGUGAUCGAGCGGCUUUCCGUGCUGCUGCUCGACGGUUUCAAGGAAGAGAAGGACGCUAAUCCCGCCGCUUCGGGUCGAGUGGAGUGGGAGAACGAAUACACUAAUUCGAAGAAGCUGUGCGUGGAGGUCGUGGCCGCGUGCGGGCGCGAGGACCUCGCCCUCGCCCUGGCCGAUACACACGGGUACCCGGAAGGCACCGUAGCGAUCUGCCACGAAGCCGAAGGGCGCAAGCCCGGGUGCCAGAACGGCCAACGACUGCUUCGACAGAGGAUGGAAGACCCAAGCCGAAGGAGGGCCCUGGCGCGGGGAUCGCCGCCGGCCAAUCAGAAGGGCGGCAAGUGCGAGGCCCAGCACCUUUGGCUGAACCUGGCCAAGCUGGCCAACCUAGCUGGCGGCAGCGGCGACGGCGGGCCCAACGCCUCCUCUGACCCGGUUAGGGUUGACCUCGUCCGAGGAGGCGAGAUUCAGCGCCGCCUGGAGCUGGCCGAGGUCCGCGAGAAUCUGAUCAAGUCGCGGCCGGCUAACGCGAUGGACGCCACGAUUAACGGCGACGAGCCCUGGGGUUGGAAGGAUGCUCUCGAGGAAUCGACCACCCAGCUCAACUCUCUGUGGCAAGGGGGCCCCGCGGAAGAGGAGGGGGAGGGGGGCGUCGCGGGCGUGACGAGCGUCGUCGGGGCGGCAGACAUCGCCUUCCAAGGGUACCGGGCCCUCGUCGCGGGCCUUCCGGAGCAAUCGUACCUGCACGCCGACUCCCUGUGGCGGGAGGUGAUCGGGCUCACCCUGACCGACCCACACGUGAAGGAGGCGGUUGCGAAGGGAGCCAUGCCGUCCGCGUCAGAGGGCCGCACCGCGGUGUCGGAUCGAGAGAUGGAGGCCGUGUGGGAGCGGCCAACCGCGCUCCACCUGCUGCUGCGGGCGAUCCAGAAGGACCGUCGGCUGCGCAGAGGCGCGCCGUGGGCGGGCGGCGGCGGCGGCGGUGGCAGCGGCGGCGGCGAGGAGAAGGAGGAGGAAGGAAAGAUAGACCUGACGGACGAAUCUCUGUCGUCCACGGUGCGUGAGCUCAUGCCGGCAGCCGCGGACGGGGGAGGGGCGCUGUGUGAGGCUUGGAUCGCCGCGAUCCGCAAGUGCCCCUGGUGAUUUCCGUACUCGGGGGUUGCCUGCUUUGGCCGGGCAUUUCAGGCGGGGCUAUGAAGACUAAGCACAGCAGUUGGUAGUAGUAGCAGGGUUGGCGAAGAGUUUGCUCUGUCGAUCGGUGAUGGAACCUCAUUGAGGAUGGUGGGAGGAGAUGUGGUGCCAGUUGUCAUACAGGAGAGCGGCUGCUGGUUGUGACGACGCGGCGCUCUAAACGAGUCCUGCUGCUAUUUACUCAACAGCCAGCUGCCGUGUGUCGAACGUUGGCAAUGGCAAUUGUUCGUUCCGAAGCGCCCAAUGGCUUA